GCGGGGGCGGCCGGCGGCUGCCUCAGCCGCUGCUGCGCCGGGCCCCGCGGCACACCAUGGGCUGGCUGCCGGCGCAGGGCCGGCUGGCGGCGGGGCUGCUGGUGAAUCUGGCCGCCUCCAUCUGCAUCGUCUUCCUGAACAAGUGGCUGUACGUGCGGCUGGGCUUCCCUAACCUCAGCCUCACCCUGGUGCACUUCGCCAUCACCUGGCUCGGCCUUUACCUGUGCCAGGCGCUCGGCGCCUUCUCCCCCAAGAGCCUCCAGCCCUCCCAGGUGCUGCCUUUGGCGCUCAGCUUCUGCGGCUUCGUCGUCUUCACCAACCUCUCCCUUCAGAGCAACACCAUCGGAACCUACCAACUGGCAAAGGCCAUGACCACGCCGGUCAUCGUGGUCAUACAGAGCCUGGCGUACGGAAAGACCUUCCCUCUCCGUAUCAAGCUGACCCUGGUCCCCAUCACGCUGGGUGUCUUCCUCAACUCCUACUACGACGUAAAGUUCAGCGUCCUCGGGAUGGCGUUCGCCACCAUGGGCGUCCUGGUGACCUCCCUCUACCAAGUGUGGGUAGGAGCUAAGCAGCAUGAGUUGCAGGUAAACUCAAUGCAGUUGCUGUACUAUCAGGCACCAAUGUCCUCUGCGAUGUUGUUGUUCAUCAUACCUUUCUUUGAGCCAGUCUUUGGAGAAGGGGGAAUAUUUGGACCCUGGACACUUUCUGCUGUGAUAAUGGUACUGCUGUCUGGAAUAAUAGCCUUUAUGGUAAACUUGUCCAUUUACUGGAUCAUUGGAAAUACGUCGCCCGUCACGUAUAACAUGUUUGGACACUUCAAGUUCUGCAUCACACUCCUAGGAGGGUGCCUCUUAUUUAAGGAUCCACUGUCUGUUAAUCAAGGCCUCGGGAUUCUGUGCACAUUGUUGGGCAUUUUAGCUUACACCCACUUCAAGCUUAGCGAGCAGGAAAACAACAAGAGUAAACUGGUUCAGCGUCCAUAAGCCUGAGGGUUUCUGGAGAUUAAUAAUAUUGUGAGGAAAACAAGUAUUUAAAUAUGCAUUGAUUCUCGGAUGCACAGAAUUGCCUCGUUCCUUUAGAUCCACAGGUUUAGUUUAAGCGACGGGAUCGUAGUUCUGUAACUAAACCAAGUGAACUGAAUUAUGUAAAAUGCUGGGGUUUUGCUAUCUCAGCCCAUCCUGCGUUUUCAUUAAAUUUGAAUGGUAACUUUAAAAAGGCACACUUCAAAUUGCUGUGGAAAUUGUACUGAAGGAAUUCUGUUUUUAUGUAUACCAAAUGAGAUCGAGAUGGCUGCAGUUAUAAUGGAGAGAAAGACAGAAAGAAAAGGAAUCCUGUCUUUGUGAUCAUGCCAGGCUCACUGUUGUGAAGAAAUUUGGAGGCACUUUUAUGCAGAUGUUCUGGUAUGUAGUGAUGCUUCCUCCUUUCUGUUUGAUGCACGAGGAAGAGGAAUCAUCCUUUAGUUCAGAGUUUUUAAAAGGGCCGCCAAGCUCCAUUCUGGUUCUUGUGUACUUUCUCAUGUAUGUUUGGCUUGAAUACACAGAUUUUUGCCAAAGAGAGAAGACAAAAUUACAAGUGGAGAGAGACCAGAGGUGACUCUGGAAAACUUGAAACCACAAGCCAAGAUAUAGAGAAGCAGGAAAUCAGAUCCAAACAGUUCUCUGAAAUUUUUCUUUUGGUCCACCAGGACAUUAACAAAGUCACUCAUUUCAGAAUAUUCUGUUACUGCUUUACAGUUUUCUCUGUGCCAAAAUCGAGGCUUUACAUGGGAUCUUGCAAAUACUGAUGACCCCAAUAGAAUCUCUGGUAAUUUGUGGUAAUAACCAAAUAUUUUGCAGCCCUUGCACAACAGAUACUCAUGCUAAAAAUAUUUUUGGAGAAAUCUUGGGAAAGGUCACUAACUGUAUUGGAUGUGAAGGUUGCCCUUCUGUCCUGCCCUCUACACCCCCUCCCUUGCUCCUGCACUUUUCCCCACAAGUUACCUUUGGUGGGCUCUGCAGUCCUGUCCCUUGCCAUAAUUUGGGGAGGGGGUUGUACCCAAGGGCUAUCUGGGCAGCGCCGGGCAGGCAAUGAUUCCUCCACAGGCAGUCCCCAGAAAUGCAGGGGAGUACAAGUGAGACCUGCUGCUGCUGCUCUAAUUCAGGAAUGCUUUGAAAAUUAUGACAGUAUCAAGCACUGAUUUUGACAAUGGGGAAGGAAGAAGUUGAUUGCUGUUCUAUUUUUAAAAAGGAAGAAAAAAUAACUGCUCUCAGUAAAUCUGGGGAGAACAUAUGUUCACAAGAUUUGCAGGGUUAGAAUUUAUUUGCAGUAUCUUAAUCAUUUUAUCUUCAUCUACCUCUAGUAGAUUUGAAGAGGGGAAUUACAUGAUCAAAAACAGGUAUUUUAAGUUUUACAGCCACCAGCAGAACUGAUAUUAAGUUCCUACAAGCUUUUUCCAAUCUAGGCAACAAGUGUUUGUGUAGGAAAAGAUGCAGAUCUUCUCAAGCUUGUCAGUUGUUGAAUUCCGUUACAGUGUUCUUGACUUAAGAUCAAGUUAUUUCUCUGUCACCUAAGUUUAGACUGUAAUACUCUAUAUCAUUUCAGAGUUAGAAAGACUUGGAUAAUUUUCCAUCUUUACCAACUGUGUCUUAGACAUUGUACUGGUCCAAGGAUAAUUUUUUGUACACUUUUUUUGUAUAUCUAUAUAAUUAAGUUUAAGUACAGCCUGGACUACUGAAAGAUGUGUUCAGACAGUCUCUGGAUGCGUGUCUUUCAAUAUCCUUCACUGAGAAAGCCAUUUGCAUUAAUUUGUGCUAUGCACAAGUUCCUCUAUAGUGUAGAUAGACCACAAAGACUCUCACGGUUAGGAAACAGCAAGAGAAUGCGAAACCUGUAUGGCAACAGUAUUUGGGAUGAGGCUGAUGUGUAUAUAUAUAUAUAUAAAGUGGCAGAAUGAAUAAAACAACCAUGUCUGAAAAUACAAAAGACUCCUUAAGAAGAGGAGCAGAUGCUCAAGAUAAAGUAGCAUUAAAACAAGACGUUAUAAAUACAGUCUGUUGCUGGAUUGUAGAAGUCGUGGAGGUCACUUAAGUGACGUGAUUCUUUUCCAUACGUUCAAGAACUCGCCAUUGAAAAUUACCUGUUGUAUUUAAUAAAUAAAAUGUCUUGAACUUUGUCAUAUGAUUCCAAAUAUUAAAUCCAGGAGGCUUGUGUAAUCGUGGGAUAAAUAGAUCUUUGUAUGUAUUGUUUCUUUGGAUACCAUGUGUAGGGUGGGAAUAAAUUUCUAAUCACUUGA